AUGGGCCAGCAGUAUAUCGGAUCUGCCAUUUUGCAUCAUUUGGAGGGUUUCCAUGUACAGUCUUUUGACCUUGGAACGUUGUUGAGUGACUCGACAAGGACCCCUGAGGCUGCUAUGAUCCAGCUGUUUGUGGAGGCAAGGAGACACACCCCGAGUGUGGUGUAUUUGCCAAAUGUCGAGACUUGGUUUGCAACUAUUAGUGAUGCCGCAAAGUCCACUUUUAGGAGCAUUCUGAGAAACAUCAAUCCGACAGAGUCGGUUCUAGUACUUGGCUUGUCAGACGUUCCAUACGAUGAGCUGGAUCCUCAGCUCAAGGAUUUAUUUGGAUACUCGAGUGAAAGUUACCAGGAGUUGGUACCUGUAUCAUCCGCAGAACGGUUAAAAGAGUUUUUUCAAAUCCUCAGAUAUUACAUCUCGAGCAAGCCGACUGACUACCCAGAUCCUGACAAACGCCGAAAACGUGUGCUGGAAAAGCUGCCAGCUGCACCACCAGAGCCUGAAAAGAUUCCUACAAAGGGCGAACAGAAACAGCUGGAGAAGAAGGACAUGCAACUUAAAAAUCUUCUCAAGUUCAAACUGAGCGGACUGAUGGAUUUGUUCAAAAACCGAUACAAGAGAUUCAAAAAGCCUCCUAUCGAGGACUUUCAUCUAGUUCAUUUAUUUGAGCCUCCUCCACCAGAAUUAAACAUCCAGCCUGCUUAUGUUAAGCAGGGUGAUAAAAUUGUUGAGGUUGCUACUGGGAAGAGCUAUUAUAACAUGGAUCUAGACAUUAUUGAAGAAAGGCUUUGGAAUGGAUUCUAUUCUGAGCCCAAACAGUACUUGAAGGACAUUGAAAUGAUUAGCUCGGAUGCUGUUACUACUGGCGAUAGGGAGAGGAUAAUCAAAGCAUCAGAAAUGGUUGCCAAUGCCCAGGUGGUGAUUGAUGAGAUUGCUAUGGACACUCAGUUCAUUCAGGCCUGUAAAGAGAUGCACCAGCGAGAAAUCGCCAAACAGAAGCGAAUACUGGCAGAAAUGAGUCUCAAUGGAAGUGUCAAUGGACCUCCUUUACCUAACGGGACAGUGGCAGUUUCUACUGUUACCGAAGAGCUGCCAGCAAUACUACCGUCUGCUGGCGAGUCAGAACAAGCAACAGUGACCCAAGUGCAAUCUGAGACGGUUGUGGAAAUUGAUAUUGAGUUUAAUGGUACCACCGAAGCGAAGCUCAAGGAACAGGCUGAUGACGAUGUGGAAAUGGAAGAAGCAAACAGUAACAUAGAUUCAGCUGUUGUUGAAAACUCUGAGGACGCUGUUACGACGCUUAAAACGGAGCCAGACUCAGUUUCGAAAUCAGAUCCGACUCCAGAACCCGAGCCCGAGCCACCAGUACCAGCACCUGAGCCAGAAGAAAAGGCCGAUGUCGCGGAUCCAGUACCAGCUUCGCCAAUUCCAGAACCGGAACCAGAGCCAGAGCCAGAGCCAGAGCCAGAACUUCAACUCGAUGAAGAGCUGCUGUCUCAAUUUGAGUCACGUCUGGUCAGCGAGUGUACGAAAAACGAGCUUGUGGUAGAGCAACUGGAGCACAUUAACACAUGCCUGGUGGACACCAUUUGGAAGCACCGCACGUCGUGGGACCGUAACAGCAUCAUCGCACAUCUUCACAACAGUCUAGACGAGGUCCUCAAAGCGGUCAGUGCUACAAGGCAAUAA